GGAGCCUCUCAACCAGUGCAACAAUUCGUAUCUCGGAAAGAGUUCAAGGCAUCGAGCCGCUGGAUGAAGCGUUCAAGAGAAGCAGAAGAAGAAGAACAAGCAGCAGGCGCGGAGCUGUUGCUGUUGCUGUCGCUCUCCUGCGGGGAUAAGCCUGCGACGGUUCGCAAGAAGGUCAGAGCGGCGGAGGGCGUGUUCGAGUGCAAGAUUUGCAGCCGCCAGUUCCCGACGUUCCAGGCUCUCGGCGGCCACCGGACCAGCCACAACCGCCCGAGGGUCGAUCGUUCCACGUCGAGACGCAGCGUGCACCGGUGCUCCAUCUGUGGCGUGGAGUUCGCGAUGGGGCAAGCUCUGGGCGGCCACAUGCGCCGACAUAAGCCCAUGGCCGAGGACUCGAAGCGGAGUGAUCCGAAGAAGAUGGACUUGACAAUGGCUGAUCCAGAGUUCGGUGAUCUGCAUCGAGUCCGCAAGACUGGUUCUCACUGUCAGCUGCUUCAGCUGUUCGUAUAGAAUACGCAAAUUCUACAUGUAUAGGGUUUCAUUGUGAGAUAUUCUAUUCUUUCGUAUUUUCCUAUAAUAAAUGGAGUAGAUGAUCAUAUACUCCGUCUGAGGCUACAAAUUGGUUCAUAUGGAAUUUAGUGAGUUUGGCUUUCAUA